CGCCGCCAUAUUGGCUGUUGUCCUGUCUAAGGGGUACGGGUCCGGGUUGUUGCUUUUAGGGUCGUUGUGGUGUUACAGAGGGCAUUGUGUGUCCCGAGACCCUGUGGCUUCACGAGCGAUGACGAGAAGGCGGAACAAGCAGGGCAGCAGCCGCAGGGAGCGUGUAGCGGGGCAGCAGAGGCCGUGCAAAGGCUCCCUUGUUUCUGAUGGAUCAGAGACAGAUGCGAGAGAGAGGUUUGCAGAGAUGGGCAAAGCCGGACAGGUGCUGCCAUCUUCAAACCAGUUUGUGCAGACAUGUUGCCUGUUGUGUCACCGGGAAAGAAAAGACUGGGUGGCUUCCCCUCCCUACAAUGGGCUGCCGUCUCCAUUGGAUGAAAUCCCGGCCUCCUUUAUGCCUGCUCUGGCACAGAACCUGCUGGGAGAAAUGCCUCUGUGGAUCUGCCAGAGCUGCCGGAAGAGCGUGGAGGAGGAGGAAAGGCGAGUUCUCCCGGAGCAACCACUGUCGGUGUCUUUGUCUCACACAUCCUGUAAGUCCCAGUCUUGUGGCAUAGGUUCACACUCUUCUACAUCAUCCUCAUCAUCAUCUUCUUCUUCCUCCUCCUCGUCCUCCUCUUCUUCUUCCACAUCUUCAUCCUCGUCCUCUUCCUCCUCCUGCCAUGGGAAGUCUGGGGACUGGGACCCCAGCUCCUUCCUCUCUGCACACAAGCUAUCUGGGCUCUGGAACUCGCAACACUCGAACGGGAAUCUAGGAGGAUCUCCAGGCGAUAAGGGCAAUGGUCUUCCAGCAUCAUCAGAGCGUGUCAGUAAAACUCCUAAAGUCUCUGGACUGAAGGCCUGCCCUUAUAGUCCAUCAGGGGCCAGCACAGGGACGCUCCCUACCUCACUCAACUUUUGCAAGUCUCCAAAGCAGUUUAAAGGCAUGUGUCAUAGGCCAACUUCACCAGGGGAGGCAUACCACUCUUCAGAGCACCACCGGCACUCCGAUCCCAGCGCCCCACCUAAUAGCCCAACGGACCUCUCGUCUCAGCAGCAAACCUCUCCACAUAGCCCUCCCUCUUCACACCUCUCCCCUGCCAAUUCCCCUACUGCUUUCUCAGCAACAAGCCUUUCACCUAAUACAGCUUUUAAAGCUGCUGGGGCUCCUCGAGGCCCCCACAUUCCAGGCUCCAACUCUUCUCUCUUGAAAGUUAAUCCUCCACCACCACCACCACUCUCCUCUUGUAGUCAUCCUUGCAAUGGGCACUGCAACGGUGGAAAUAUACUUCAGGGAGGGGGCAUCCCUGGGACCACUAGUAACAGAGAUGCAGCGUGUAGAGGACACAGGUUUUCUGGUGUCUCGAGCUGCCCAGCCUUGCAGUCGUGUGAAGCAGAUGAGGGGCUCGGGGAAGAUGAAGACAGCAGUUCGGAGCGAAGCUCAUGCACCUCCUCUUCCACCAACCAGAGGGACGGCAAGUUCUGUGACUGUUGCUACUGCGAGUUCUUCGGGCAUAACACGCCACCUCCAGCUCCUACGAGCCGGAAUUACCCCGAGAUGCGAGAAAAGCUUCGUUCCCGACUUACCAAACGAAAAGAAGAGCUUCCGCAGAAACAGCACUCCCCUGGUGAACAAGCUGUGGACCACCGAGACGUAGAUGAGCUCCUGGACUUCAUUAACAGCACCGAACCCAAAACUACCAGCAGCAGCAAGGCAGCCAAGAGGGCACGGCACAAGCUGAAGAAAAAGGAGAGAGCCCUGCAGGAAGCAGAUACACAUAAGGCAUCUGUUGAGGAUACAGCUGCUCCAACAUCUGGGGAGAAGCUACUCCAGUGGCCUCAGCUGGAGUUAGAGCGAGUGAACAGCUUCCUUACCAGCCGGCUUGAGGAGAUCAAGAAUACCAUUAAGGACUCUAUUCGUGCCAGUUUUAGUGUCUAUGACUUGAACCUUGAUGUAAAUGAUUUCCCUAAGAAAGCGGCAGUGUUGGAGCAGAAGAGCUUGUUAUCUCAUCUUAAUGGUUCUUCUGAUCUGCAGGAGAUUGAUCUUGACCUCUCCCCUCUUAGUCUUAAUGGUUCAAAGAGUCAGACUACAAACUCUUUAGGGGGCACGGAAAACACGGUUACACAAUCAUCUGAAAAUGGUGUGGUGAAGAGGCUUAGUGCUGUUCCCAACCUGUCCCGCAUGAUAUGGGUUCAGUCUCCAAAAGCAGCAGAAUCUGGACAAAGUACAGACUGUACAAACGCUGGCACUGUUCCAGAGAGCCACGUGCAAGACAUUCAGAUGCCACCAGUUACAGGACGCCAAAAGAGGGCAAAGAAGCAAAGUCUCCAAACACGAAAGACUGAGACAGCCAGCGGUAAUAUUAUGGUUGCCAAGCAUCCUGCUGCUGGACCAAAGGAGCCAUUGCAUCAUUUAACUGAGAAAGCAGGAGAACACACGCUACAGGGACUAGAUCCUGUGAUUUCUGAGAGCUUCCAGUCUGAGAGAGAGAAAAACAAGCUGGAAGGGUGUGAGAAGACAGCCGUUCCUGGUGAUGGUGGAGACUCUGCUAAUGUAUCUCUGUCUGAUUCACCUCAACCAAAAAGCAAAACAAGGAAAAGCAAGAACAAGAUGGAUAAACCUAGCAUAUCCAUUGAUGAUGUCUUCCUCCCAAAGGAUGUAGACAGUACAGAAAUGGAUGAGACGGAUCGAGAAGUUGAAUAUUUCAAGAGGUUCUGUCUGGAUUCUGCCAAGCAGACACGUCAGAAAGUGGCUGUAAACUGGACCAAUUUUAGCUUGAAGAAAUCCACAUCCAAUGUGGCACAGUGAUGUCUGCACUUCAUUCAUUUUUUACUUCACCCUCCUUGUUCCUACCAAUACAAA